AUGAGACCAAUUUUGAUGAAAGGGCAUGAAAGGCCCUUAACGUUUUUAAAAUACAACAGAGAAGGAGAUCUCUUGUUUUCUUGUGCUAAAGAUCAUAAUCCCACAGUCUGGUUCGCUGACAACGGCGAGCGUUUAGGGGAUUCGAUGCUGCUGAUUACUGCUAGUGCGGAUCAGUCAGUGAAGCUCUGGAAUGUUCAGACUGGAGCACAAUUGUACACAUUUAGUUUCAAUUCCCCGGCUCGGUCUGUUGAUUUUUCUGUUGGUGAUAAGCUUGCUGUUAUUACCACUGAUCCCUUCAUGGGAGUUACUUCUGCCAUUAAUGUUAAACGCAUUGAUGAGGAUCCUUCCCAACAGAGUGGUGAAUCCGUGCUCACCAUCACCGGACCUGCGGGAAGAAUUAACAGGGCUGUUUGGGGACCUCUGAACAAGACUAUCAUAAGUGGUGGAGAGGAUUCUGUGGUUCGCAUAUGGGAUUCCGAGACUGGAAAAUUGUUGAAAGAGUCGGACCCAGAAGUUGGGCAUAAGAAACAGAUAACAUCACUCACAAAAUCUGCUGAUGGUUCUCACUUCCUGACUGGUUCUCUUGAUAAAUCUGCUAAGCUUUGGGACACCAGAACUUUAACUCUUAUCAAGACCUAUGCAACAGAACGCCCUGUUAAUGCUGUUGCAAUGUCUCCACUUCUCGAUCAUGUUGUACUUGGAGGUGGUCAGGAUGCAUCAUCUGUCACCACAACCGAUCACCGUGCUGGGAAGUUCGAAGCCAAAUUCUAUGAUAAGAUUCUUCAAGAAGAAAUUGGUGGUGUUAAAGGUCAUUUUGGACCUAUAAAUGCUUUGGCGUUCAACCCUGAUGGGAAAAGUUUCUCAAGUGGAGGUGAGGAUGGUUAUGUCAGGCUGCACCACUUCGAUCCAGAUUAUUUCAACAUAAAGAUUUAG